AUGGGGCUGGAGGUGGGUCUGGAGGUUGGUCUUGAGGUCAGUCAAGAGGUGGGUCUAGAGGUCGGUCUAGUGGUGUGUCUGGAGGUUGAUCUUGAGGUGGGUCUGAAGGUGGGUAUGGGGUUGGUCUGGAAGUCGGGGUCUGGAGGUGGGUCUGGAAGUCGGUCUGGAGAUGGGUUUGGAGGUUGGUCUGGAGGUAAGGGUCAGGAGGUGGGUCUGGAGCUCACCACCUGCCUUCUCAUCCAAUUCGGCAUGGAGCAGGCCACUUAUGCCCACGCACAGGUCCAUCUGAGCGGGGGAGCGCCCUGGGGAUUCACGCUGAAGGGAGGACUGGAGCACGGAGAGCCGCUGGCCAUCACCAAAGUGGCUAACCAGACGGGUGAUGGUGGUUCGAGUGAGACGAAAAUCGGGGCGAAGGGAGCUGGAGCUGCCCUGAGACAACUGAAGUAG